UAGCUUAGAAACAAAAUAGUUUAAAUGCUAACGACCCACCUUUAUUCGAGGAACGUCUAUUAAAUAUACCCCGCGGCCCACACCAUUACAAACUAUGAAAUUAUAGUUGUAUCGACGAAAAAGCUUUAGUAGAAUUAACCCUCUGGCUGAAAGCAAUUCAGUCUAAGCCUGGCGCGCGUUGCCGCCACCCGCGCCGCCAUAUUGAAAAAAAUCCCGCCUUUCCACUCGACCGCGUGCAUGUGGAAUAUUAAAAAAAAAACUGACACUUGAGAUCGUUUUUACUUUUUAAUUUCAUAAAAGUUUUUACUUUUUAGUGUUGUGCUGGCAUUAUUAACAAACAUAUGUGUUAUCGAUGUCCAUUCACACUCGGACGUUCACACGACACUGAGGGAGACGAUAUUUAAAUCGAUUGUUAUGUUGUGACAUGACAUAUUUUGUUGGUCAGACAAUGGGGUACACUUUUACAUUUUGAUAUUUGGCUUCUAUCGAUAGUUGGUAAUUACAGAAGAUUGGGUAAUUUUAUUUUGAUUUUACAUAGUUCAGCAGGUGUCCAAUUGCCUUCCAAUUUUAAAUAAUAACGCAGUGCAGUAAUAGACAAGAACUGUCGAAGUUUCGUUGAGUAAAAAUGCAAAACCAAAAUGGCGCUGAAGAAUUUACAGCUGUUCCAGCCGUUGAGCCGUGAUAUGGUGUACCACCAUCGGCAGACGCCCAUGCGGGCGCCACCAACGGCUUUAUCGAGGAGCAUUUCGAAGAGUGCUGAAGCCCUGGCUAGUACGAAAGGGAAAGAAGUAAAAACUCGCAAAGCGCGCAGCACGGAGCAGCCCGGCGCCGCGGGGCUUGUCAAAGGCUCCAGCUCCUUAGGCCUUCCAGCCCUGGGCAAGACCUGGGGCAGAGAUGACGACAGCCUGCGCAGCCGGUCUAGGAAUGGCAGUGGCAGCAGGGCGGGCAGCCUGGACCGGAGCUCCCGGGGCUCCAGCACCACACUCAACUCAGACGAAGACAACAUCAACGUCGUCGUCAGAGUUCGGCCCCUCAACGAGAGAGAACGAGCGUGCCAAGAACGUGACAUGUUGGAAUUCCCUGGAAAGGGACAAGUCAUCUGCCAUAACCCGGGACAAAAAGCUAAGGUGUUUUCAUACAACGUGGUCUUCGAGCCUGCAGCUACUCAGGAGGACGUCCUGGAGUACUCCGGCGUGAAGCGGCUCCUAGAGAUGGCAGUCGAAGGUUUCUCCUGUACCGCCUUCUGCUACGGGCAGACUGGGAGUGGGAAGACACACACUCUGACCGGACCACCAGGUUUGGUGGAAAGAGGAGCAAGCCCAUAUUCCGAAGAACACGGGCUGGUGGUGCGGUCAUUCGUGUACCUGUUCCGGUUAAUACACGACCGUCCUGAGUGCCACUUCAUACUGAAAGCCAGCUUCCUUGAGAUUUACAAUGAAAAGGUGAUAGACCUGCUGAACCCUGGCACCGCUCGCAAGCCGCUGCAAGUGCGAUGGUCGAAGGAGAGCAGAGGGUUCUACGUGGAGAACCUGUUCACUGUCGACUGCGAAGAACUGGACGACCUGUUCGCUGUGCUGGAAGAAGGCAUGCGUAACCGCGCAGUAGGCGCGCACGCGAUGAACAGCAAUUCAUCCCGUUCGCACACGCUACUCUGCGUACGGGUGCGAAGAGAUCUGCGCACCGAUGGCGACGUGACUUGUUCAACCCACGGCAAGAUCAACUUCGUGGACUUGGCGGGCAGCGAGAUGACCAAGAAGACGCAGAGCACGGGGAAGACGUUGGAGGAGGCGAAUAAUAUUAAUAGGAGUCUUAUGGUUUUAGGAUACUGUAUAGCUCAACUAAGUGACGGUAAGAAGAGAGGCCACAUACCGUACCGGGACAGCAAGCUGACGAAACUGUUGGCUGACAGCCUGGCGGGCAAUGGUGUUACUCUAAUGAUUGCGUGUAUAGCCCCUUCGAGAUCAAACAUAAGCGAAACGAUCAACACUUUACGAUAUGCAGCCCGAGCUAAGAAGAUCAAAUCCAAGCCUAUCGUCAAAAUGGACGCAAGAGAUGCGCUCAUACUCAGUCUGAAGAGAGAAGUAGAAGCUCUACAAGCAGAAAACCAACACCUCAGAACUGCACUGCACGUGCAAACAGAUUACAAUAUGGAUUACAACCAACGCCCACGCAACACCCCUCCAGCACUCGAAGCCAACAAGCUCUACCAGCUUCCCCAAUCAGAGCUAGUCGAGCUCGUCCAACUGCACAUGGAUGAGAACUCAGCCUUAAGGACCGAGAACCAAGAGCUGUUCGGAGUGAGAGACCAGCUGUUGAGGGACCAGGAGUUACUGAGCCGGGAGAACGAGCGGUUGUUGAAGAAACUGGAGGAUGUCAACUCCGUAUGCAUUCGUUCACCGAUCAUACCCGCGCGACCAGCAUAUUCAGACAUGGGGUCAUCGGAGCAGCCUAACAUCUGGACUAAUCCCGCUGGCUCGUCGACCAAUAGCGUCGUCAGCGCCAGCAGUAGAGGCAGCUAGAAUUCAUUAUCACGCAGGUUACAGUUACUGAGGUUGUAAAAUAAUAGGGUUUCUACUUACAGUCGAGUUGAUUCACCCCACCAGGCAAAGCCGAAAAAAUAUCAGAAAUGGCGUUUUAAAAGUUUUAAUCAUGAGUCAAAAGAUGGCAGUAAAUUUAGUGGUUACAAAGUUUUCUUUGACAAUCCACCUCUGCACUCUGUGACCUCUAUUUCAAAUUCUCUUUGAUAUUAGCUCUUCUGCAUAUAAAUAUAGUGCUUUAAAAGGAGACUUGUCU